AUGUUUUUUAUUUUGAGAAACUUUUAUGGGGGUGAAUCUCAGAAUCUCAGAUUCUCAGAAUUCCAGAAUCUAGAAUCCUUAGAAUCUCAGAAUCUCAGAAUCUUAGAAUCCUUAGAAUCUCAGAAUCUCAGAAUAUCAGAAUCUCAGAAUCUCAGAAUCUCAGAACAUGAGAACUUUAGAAUCCUUAGAAUCUUAGAAUCUCAGAAUCUUAGAAUCCUUAGAAUCUCAGAAUCUCAGAAUCUCAGAAUCUCAGAAUCUCAGAAUCUCAGAAUCUCAGAAUCUCAGAAUCUCAGAAUCUCAGAAUCUCAGAAUAACAGAAUAACAGAAUCUCAAAAUCUCAGAAUCUCAGAACAUGAGAACUUUAGAAUCUCAGAAUUUCAGAAUCUCAGAAUCUCAGAAUCUCAGAAUCUCAGAAUCUCAGAAUCUCAGAAUUUUAGAAUCUCAGAAUAUCAGAAUUUCAAAAUUUCGGAACUUUAA